AUGGAAGGGCCUCUAGAAGAGGAUCCGGGGGAAUCCUUGAGACCUGAAAGCACAGCCAAGUCCCCAAAUGACAGCCACACAGGUGACCAGGAAGACAACUGGGAGAACCAGAACGAAGAGGAGGCAGAUGACCAGACUACCCAAAGAUUAUCUCACCAGGCUAAACCCAGAAUAUUUGGCCAAACUGGCUACAAAGGAACUGAACACCUUGGGCGCAGAACAUCUGAUCAGGCUGACCUCGGAGCAUCCAACUAUGCUAACGUUGAUGCUCAUGGAGUGCCUGAGCAGGUUGACCGAAGAAUGUCUGAAGGGACAGACAGCAAGGCAUCUGGCCGAGCUGAUCAUGUAGAGACUGAACAGACUGACAGCCAGAUGUCUGUUCCAGGUGAGCAAGGAACUUCUGAACAGAUGGAACCAAGAUUGUCCAGACAGACUGAAAGCAAAAGAGCCUCUGAACAGAGUGACCACAGAAUGUCUGGCUGGGCCAACCAAAGCACCUCUGAACAGAUUUACAGCAGAUUGUCUGGCCUAGUUCAAGGAAAAAUUCCUGCACAGAUUGACCAUACAAUGCCUGCCCCGGUUGACCACAGAGCAUCUAUAAAGACUCACCACACAACGUUUGCCCAAGCUGUUCAGCUAGCAGAACAACAGGCUGCUGACCAAGCUGACAGCAGUGUUGAUAACCUGACGGUUGACAGGGCUGACAACAGUGAAUCUGACCAGGUUGACCACUUUAUGAACGAAGGCGACAAUGACACAGAAGCCAACCUAUUUGACUAUGGAGCACAUGGCCAGUCUGACGACGAAAUAUUUACUCUAUUUGGCCCCAGCAAGGAGAGCGAAGAGGCUGACUUCAGAAUAGAACCCUGUACAUUUGAGGCUAGCCAAACAGACCUCAGCAAUUCCAAAAUUUCAACUGAAACUGACACUGAAAAUGUAACUGAUACGCAAGUGUUCGACUCACUUGAUGGCAGAUUCAUCAAUAAUUUCCAAGCAAAAGACCAAGCCCUUUCCCAAAGACUUCCCUCCAUCUCAUCCAAACCGGAUUAUGUCAGCAGACAGGAAACAACUCAAGCCAUAGAAACCAAGCGUGAUGAUGCUUCAGAAUACCAGAAAGGAAAGAGUUCUCUUGUACACAGUCAAACUUACAGGAGGUGGUUCCCUCCUACAGUCUAUGAAGAUCCUUAUCAAAUUUCACUGCAAUACGUGGAGAAGCACCACAUUCUGCAAAUAUUCCAGCAGAUCACUGAAAACUUAGUCUAUGAGAAACCAGAGGACCCCCUGAGAUUUAUGCUGAGCCAGGGAAGGCCUCCGCUCGCCAUUAGCCAGGAGGCCCUGCCCAGAAUCCAGAACAAAGGGAAGCUCCCGGCGGGCGGAUUCCCUGGCACGGCACCAGACCCCAAGCUGCUGCUGGGCCCACGGUCUCCGGCGCACAGAUAUAUUUUUGUGUAUGGAGGUGUGGACAAGUAUGGCUCGAGAUAUCAGUGUAUCAAUGCUUGA